AUGUGUGACAUCGAAGUGGACGAUGAUAUCGACCUCACCUACGAGUCCGAUGUGGAGGACGAGGACAAUGGGCCACAAGACGAACCCAAGCCACCAAUGGAUGAGCCCAUGGAUGACGAGGACACCAUCGACACGGAUCAAGUGGUGGCCUCCACGUCCUCCGCCUCCAGACGCGCCAAAUACGACAUCUUAAACGUGGAUGAGAUCGUCAAACUCAUGAACCAGUCGAUCGAUGAGGUGAUGUCUGUCAUGGAACUGCCCAACGAUGUGAUCCGUAUUCUUCUCAAUCACUUCAAUUGGGAUAAAACCCAUCUUCUGGAGAAAUACUUCGACUCGAAUAGAGACCAACUCUUCACUGACACUCAUAUCAUUGAUCCGAAGAAAGCAAUGUCUUCAGUGGCCAACACUCGGAAGAAUAGUUUAUGUCUCAUAUGUUAUAACGAUAUGAAUGGUGAAGAGAUGGCAUCCAUAUCUUGUGGCCACGAGUUCUAUUGUUGGCGACAAUACUUGACAAACAAAAUCAUAGGCGAAGGCGUUUGCAAUGCCAUCAGUUGUGCCGAAAACGGAUGUGAUAUCAUCGUUGACGACAACACCAUUCAGAAGAUCAUUGAAGACAAACAUGUUUUAGUGAAAUAUCAAUACCUAAUGACAAAUAGCUUUGUGGUGUCGAAUCGGUUCCUGCGAUGGUGUCCGAGCCCUGACUGUCUGAGUGCCAUCAAAGUGGACAAUUACGUCGAGUUCAUACCCAUAGAGUGCAAGUGUGGGUCUGUCUUCUGCUUCAUAUGCGGUGAGCGAUGGCACGAACCGACCCGUUGUGCUGUCCUCAAGAGUUGGCAAAAGAAGUGUUUGGGAGAGUCGGGGGAGAAGAUAGACUGCGAGACCGCCAAUUGGAUCCUCUCAUACACUAAGGAAUGCCCCAAAUGUAAGGCUCCCAUCGAGAAGAACGGUGGCUGUAAUCACAUGACGUGUCGUAACCAACAGUGCAAAUACGAGUUCUGUUGGAUCUGUCUGUCCGAUUGGUCUAAACACGGAUAUCAGACGAGUUGUAAUAAAUUCGAAGAGAGCAAAGAGACUCAGACAGCGAGGGCGAGGCUCCAGCGGUACAUCCAUUACUGGACGCGUUUCCAUAAUCAUCAGCAAAGUCUCAACUGCGAGAAGAAGCAGCACUCGGAGGUUAGGCUCAAAAUGGAUGGAGACAACCAUUCAAACCAUUCAAAUCAUUUAAACCAUUCAAACCAUUCGGUUAAGAGCUCAAAGUCGCCUGAAAUUGUGAAUCAUUUGCAAUCGACAAGCGUUGCCAAUAAUCAAGAAUCUGAUGGAAGUCUGACCCAAAAAAAAGUGGGGAAACUGAAGAAGCUUUUGGAGAAAAGGGGUUUAGUUCCCAAUGACUGCGUCUAUUACUUAUUGUCUACCAUUUUGUACGACAACAACAAGAAUGUUAAGAAAUCGGUCAAAAAGAUAUUCAAAUGUGUUCACAAUUUAGUAAUCAAUAGACGACACAGUUUUCAAAGCCAUAAAUCCAAGAAUAAGAAAAAAGGAGACAACCAUUCAAACCAUUCAAACCAUUCGUUUAAGAGCUCAAAGUCGCCUGAAAUUGUGAAUCAUUUGCAAUCGAUGUCGGAGGACAGCGUCAAACUAAGGAUCACUUCUCAUAAAAAUGCCCGAAAGAGCACCCGUAACCCAUAA